AUGGGGCUAGCAAAUACAAAAUCAAGCAUCAAGCCAUGUACUACAUAUCCAUUACCUUAUCUCUUUAGCAGCUUGUGUUUGGUGUUAAUUUUGAUAGCUGUGGCAUUGGUUCUGCUGGCUUGCUCCUAUAUAAAACGGCCUUCAAAUUCAUCAUCUAACGAAGUUCAGCUCAAGCAAGAAAUGGCUAAGGCCAGAGUUAUUGAUUCGGAACCAAAAAUUGUUGUGAUCAUGGCUGGAGAUGACAAGCCUACCUUCUUGGCAAAGCCUGCAGCCUCUUCUUCAAGUUGCCGCUGUGGUCAAGUUUGAAAAGGCCAAAGAGCAUAUCAUCGAAAGAAAACAAUUUUGAUCUAAUUUUAAGGAUUAUAGAUGAAAGACUCAUGCCCUUUCUUCUUUUUUCCUCAGUUUUGAUUUUAUUUUCAUUUAGUUAUUUUCUUUUUUUUGUCAUGAACAUGUAAAUGCAUGAGCAUUAAUGUUUGAGAGGUA